AUGAAGUAUUCGGGUAGCAGGAUGUCGAUCGCUUCAAACCAUGACUCCGAGGUCGACUCGCUGCUCCUGAGCCACACUUGCUGGACCCAACAAAGUCCUACAGAUAGCGAACAUUAUCUGCUAACCGACGGCGACAAAAUGCUCCUUACAAGUGGACAACAAGAAGGUUUGCUAUUAGCUUCCCAACCCUUAGAAGAACUCAAACCUCUGCCGCCGUUUGCCGGUUACACGGGGCAUUUAUCUAUUAAUGGGAUACCUGGGCAUCAUUAUCAUUCUAUAGCACAAAGGCCGCAAGAAGAAAAUAAUAAUUAUACUCAGCAAUCGCAGCAUCCACAAAGUCAGCAACAGCAACAACAACAACCUCAACCGUCAUAUGCCGAACACGACCAAUUGGUGACCAGUUCGACAUGUGCGCCUGAUUCGUGUUUAGGCAACGAUGUUAAAUUGUUCGAUGAGCCUCGAGGAUUGACUACAGAAUAUGAUAUGAGUUCGAUAGAAGACAUCGCGGCUAUCAUUGGAAGUGCGAUUGCUGACACUACAGUACCCUCUCAAUUAGAAGGAGAAGCGGAUGCGACAGGAUCCAGAGACUCCUGGAUGGAUCUCGAUGCAUGGAUAGAUGGGGCAUGUUCACACCAAGACUCUGGCGGGGCAUCUAGCAAACCCGGUCAAGAUCAGGAUGAAUUUGUAUUACCGAAUUCUCCUUUGCAAAGUCUAUUAACUCAUGGGUAUAUGCCACUAUUGCAAAAUCGGUUGACGCACGGUCCUCCUGUGAAAGCAGAAACACCAUCUUCUACAAAUUAUGCAGAUAUAAUAUCUGCAUCAAGUCCGCCUGGCGGAGUGGUUUCAACAACUGAUAAUUUAUUGUUAAACGGGCGCUAUCUUCCUCACCAUUAUGCUCUCGGUCACGGGCCAUGCAGUCCGGAUAGACUAAUCAGCUACCCGCAUACAACAAGCACAACACCUUCUAAUAGUAAAAGUAGUAAAAGGAGCAGGGCUCAAAAGAAAGCAGCUCAACAGCAACAACAACAACAUCAGCAGCAAAUGCUGAACAACAACAUUGGAUUUCAGACAAACACCGCGGCGGAUCUGGGUGGUUUGUUAGGCAAAGAGAAACCAGUGCACCGCUGCAACAUUUGUAAUAGAGGGUUCCUUAAUAAAUCAAACAUCAAAGUUCAUUUGCGCACACAUACGGGCGAAAAACCAUUCAGAUGCGAGGUUUGUUCGAAAGCUUUCAGACAAAAAGCGCAUCUGAUAAAACAUCAACAAAUACAUAAGCGCAUAGGACGAGAUUGA